GGAGAUCACUGCGCCCGCUCCUUGCCACCUGGCACGCAGGGACCAUGGGGAAGCUGCUGAUCCUGACCCUACUGGGGGUCUGCCUAGCCCUAAUCGGAGAGCGGCUGCUGGCGUUCAGAAAAGGAAUUGGUGCAGUUCGAGAACUGGAGCCCGUAGAACCCCAGAGCUGUCGCCUUAUUGAGGGAAUCGAAGCUGGCUCAGAAGAUAUUGAUAUACUUCCUAGUGGGCUGGCUUUUAUCUCCAGCGGAAUAAAAUAUCCAGGCAUGCCAAGCUUCGCACCAGAUGAGCCAGGCAAAAUCUUCUUGAUGGAUCUGAAUGAGCAGAACCCAAGAGCACAAGAACUGGAAAUUAGCAAUGGAUUUGAUAAAGAAGCAUUCAAUCCACAUGGGAUCAGUACUUUCAUUGAUAAAGACCACACUGUAUAUCUUUAUGUUGUGAAUCAUCCCCACAUGGAGUCUACGGUGGAGGUGUUUAAAUUUGAAGAACAACCACGCUCCCUUGUGCACCUGAAAACUAUAAAACAUGAAUUGCUCAAGAGUGUGAAUGACAUCGUGGUUCUUGGACCAGAACAGUUCUAUGCCACCAGGGACCGCUAUCUUACCACCUACUUCUUGUCACUUCUUGAGAUCUUUUUGGAACUUCGCUGGACUUACGUUCUUUUCUACAGCCCCAAAGAGGUCAAAGUGGUGGCCAGAGGAUUUAAUUCUGCCAAUGGGAUCACAGCUUCACAAGAUAAGAAAUAUGUCUAUGUAGCUGACGCAGCGAGGAACCUGCAUGUCAUGGAAAGGCAUGAGAACUGGGAUUUAACUGAACGGAAGGUGAUACAUUUGGGCACCUUAGUGGAUAACUUGUCUGUUGAUCCUGCCACUGGAGACAUCUUGGCAGGAUGCCAUCCUAAUGCCAUGAAGAUUUUGUACUAUAACCCUGAGGAUCCUCCAGGAUCAGAAGUGCUUCGCAUCCACGGUGCUCUGUCGGACGAGCCCAAGGUGAGCCCCGUGUACAUCAACGAUGGCUCUGUGCUUCAGGGCUCCACUGUGGCUUCUGUGUACCAAGGCAAAAUGCUCAUCGGCACCAUAUUUCACAGAGCACUCUAUUGUGAGCUCUAGUCUCCAGCUCCUCCAAGAAGUUUACAUGUUGGUAUAAAAGUCAGUCUGUAAUUGUUUGAUAGUUGGAACUGUGAAUAAAUAAUAAAAAAAACAA